AGGAAGAAACACUGAAGGCUGUACGCCAUUUCUGUCUAAAAAAUGAUUUCAAACUGUAAGUAGGAUCUUAAAGCAGAGAAAGCCAUGUCAACACUGUCAUUUGAGUCCCUCUGCUUAAAAGAGGAUGAUUGUUCAUCCCCAAAUGAAUCCCAGGACACUGAGGAUGAGACCGACUUGGAGUCAGAUGAAAAAGAGGAAAGCCACAACAAGGCAUCGAUAUGUGAGGUGUACCUCCAGGCCUGUAAGCUGGUUGGUGUGGUGCCAGUCUCCUACUUUAUACGAAACAUCAACUCUUCAACCAUGACACUCAGCCACCACGGGCUGGGACCUUUGGGGUGCAAGGCACUCGCUAUUGCUUUAGUGACUGAUAUGAAUAUCAACACUCUGGAACUGGCAGACAAUCACAUUCAAGCCGAGGGAGCCAAAUACCUUGUGGAGAUGCUUAGGGCUAAUUUCACCAUUCAGUACCUGGAUUUAUCUAAUAACCAACUGCUUUAUGUGGGGGCCGAGUAUGUGGGGAAAAUGCUGCUUGACAAUAUUUCUUUGAAAUCAUUGAAACUUUCAGGAAACGGAUUCACUGAUGAUGAUGCUAAGUAUUUUGCAGACGCCUUGUCAAUAAAUUCCAGAAUAAAGGAACUCGACCUGAGCCAUAAUGCCUUUUGUGGAAAAGGAGGGGAACAUUUGGGACAACUGCUUGCAAACAAUGAGGGUCUUGAGUUUCUUGAUCUGAGCUGGAACCACCUCCGAAUGAAAGGGGCUGUGGCUCUUUGUGCUGGACUCAAGGUCAACAUGAUGCUAAAACACCUCGACUUAUCAUGGAACGGUUUUGGGAAUGAGGGUGCCCUGUCCAUGGGAGAGGCCCUAAAAUUCAACAACACUCUGGUGCACCUUAAUCUCAACAACAACCGGCUCACCAACGAGGGUGUUGGCAUGCUGUGCAGGGGUCUGGAGUUCAAUGACACGCUCAGGGUCCUACUGCUGGCUUACAACUCUCUAACAGUAGAGGGAGCACUGGCUCUGGUUAAUGUGGUGAAGAACACACCUAAAACUGCCUUGGAGGAGAUCAACAUAUGUAAUGUGCUGGUAAAUGAGUCCUUUGUGCACCUGCUGGAUGUGACAUGUCAGGAGCAUCCAAGUCUGGAAGUACAGUAUGGAGGAGUAGGAGGGUUCAUUGCUAAGAAGCCCCUGAAACGUGUCGAUCCAAUGAAAGUCAUCCAAGAUUAUUUGGAUCAGCGUAAGCUCCGUCUGUGGGAUUUCUUCCGUAAUAUUGACAAAGAUGGCACCAUGCGGGUCCCUACUGCUGACUUCAGGAAGGCAGUGCAGCAAUCAAGUAUUCCUUUGGAUCGAUACCAGAUUGAGGAGCUGAUUCAGAGGCUUGAUCGUGACAGGACAGGGAUGGUAGACUACAGGGGACUGGCAGAUACAAGGAAACAGAUGAUGAGAGAUCACCGCCGCCAACUGAGGAAGGUUGAGUCCCGUCAGAAGAAAGAGAAGCAGAAGAGUGACCGCAUCCUGAAGACCUUCCAGAGUGCUGUGGAGGCCGUAACACCACGCGGCUCCUUGGUCAUGUCUCCUGGAGUAGCCAAAGAGGAUUCAAGCGGCCCACAGCACUUCUCUGCCACGCCGCUCAGCUCUUGGCACCACAUUGUCAUGUCCAACAGCAAUCGCUAUUCUGUCACCAAUCUGAGCAAUGAACACAUCCACUUGCCCAUGUUAGGAGGCACCACACCUUACCGCCCUACAAGUUCUACAGCCAUGCGCUCCUUUUCCCAGCCAAACCUACUGGAUGAGUCCACUUGCUCUUCUCCAGGCAAGUCCAUCUCUGCUCAGGGUGUACGCUCCGAUCCGGAGAUGGGCCACAGCAAGCUCAGCCCCACUGCUAACCAGCUGACCAGGUCCAGGCCUGCUCUUAAUGCCAAGCAACCUCUGGUUAAACCCAAAACCAAGAAAGCAAAGAAGAAGAAAACGACAAAACGUGUGGAUAAAGGCUCUAAGAAUCCCACACGAACUGUCAAAUGACUUUCAAAAUUCGAAAUGACUGUUUGUUUUUCAUCUGAAAACCAGGGCUAAAUUGCAACCUACAAAUAUAAAAUAAAAGACACUAUGAUAUUGAGAUUGACACCAUUUUUCUGACAAUUUUUCAGAAUAACCUUUAUGAAAGAUUUCAGUGUUUCACAUCCUGAAAUAUUCAGUUAGGAGCUUACAAAAAAGGUGUUCCACAAGGAUCAGUUCAGUGCCCUGUCUUAUUUAAAAUCGACAUUUAUAUAACAUUUUCUUGAUAUAAUAUCUAUCUUUAUGCAGAUGAUACAAUUCGUUAUGGUUGAGAAGACAUUAUACAGAUGGCUUUUGACAAAUUGCAGCCUUCUAUUAGUGUUCUUUAGGAAACCUCAAAGUAGUUCAUAACUCAGCAAAACCAAAGUUAUAAGUUAUUCUCAAGACAUAAUGAAUAUAACAGCCUUCCUCCACACUGACACAAAGCUAUUUUGAAAGUGUCCCAUAGCAUUGGUAUCUAAGUAUUUGGCUUGAUGUAGUAGAUAGUAACAUAAUUUUAAGACCAUAUUGAAAAUGUCAAACUUUCUCUUUGACAAACUGUGACAAAAUGUUGGUUUUUGCAUAAAAAAUAGCCCAAUUGAAGUGUAUUGUAAUGUAUAGUAGAGGCCUCUUUCUAUCAGUUCUAGAUCAUGUUGAUCUAUUGGCAUGCUCCUGCUACCACUAUCAAACCUCUAGACUGUGUAUCCCCCUCUUCUCAAAUAUAUUACCCAUGAUCUCUAGAAUACUAACAAAGAGGUGUGAUAAAAACAUUUUUAUACUAUAUAACAUUUUUUUUUACUGGUUGUUUCAUCAGCCUUUAACAUUUGUUCCAGACUGGACCCCAUUUCCCUCUCAAACUAAUACUUACAUUGUAACACUUCAAGUCCUGCAUGUUUAUUUUAAACUUGGAAAAAGUUUACCUUCAGGGUUUGUGCACCCAACAAGACCUUUUUUAACAACACAUUCUAAAGAUCAAUACUUCAAUUUAAAAUGAUGAUCUGCAGCCGCUUGAGCCCAGAGUGUAGUUCAUUUCAUUGACUGUAGCCUUUUUUGAAUUUUCUAAAUCCAGUAUUUUUUAUUAACUCUACAUAAUUUGAAUGAGAGAAUCUUGUCGAUUUGCAAGGUUUGAAUAAAAGUUUUAAUUGAUGAAUCAAUAAAUCUUUGUAAUCUCUGUAAAUUACACAUGUCAACACUUUAUUCUGCAUGCCUUUAUUGAGCAUGUGUCUCUGAAUCAGUAUGUCAUUAAGUUUGUUGCUAAAUGAGGGAGACCAUCCACAGA